AUGAGCAGAGGUCACAAUCCCAGAACAUCCUCUUUCACCUCGAUCUCUCGUCCCCAUCUCCCCUCAAUUGACGAAAACGAGAUUGCUUUAACGCCCUCCCCUCCCAGCCCAUCUACACCUACAGCUCCCCUCCGCAUUCCUAGAAAGUCUCCCCGCCGUGCUCUUCGCAACCAUGGCAUCCCACCGCCAGCGUACAUACCUCGGGCAAGACCCUACUAUGCUCCGCCUAUGGCGCAUUACUCCCCACCGAGGUACGACUAUGGGUAUGCUGAAGCAAAGGGCAAGUUUGUAGAGACUGAUAUGACGGACGCGGGGAGUUAUAGGGAGAGGAGGUUUUGUGGUGUUGAUAGGAGGAGAGGAUGCUGCUUGUUGGUUAUUUUCAUGGUUGGUGCUGCUAUUGUUGCGAUUGCUUUGGGUGUUGGGUUGGCGAUAGGUUUGGAUAAUGCAAGCAAGAGCACACCACAGGAAUCUUCAACUCCAGAACCAACGCCCCAAUUUCCCGCUGGUUCCUAUUCUUUCAGAGCAGAUCUCCAAAACAUAUCCACAGACUGCACAUCCAAUCCCUCAACAUGGCGUUGCUACCCCUACACACAAGGUUCCUCAGCAACGUUCUUCUGGAUCAUCACAACCAACGACAACAACUCAUACAACAUCUCAUCCACCACAAACCCCUUCGCGCCAUCUUUCUCAAACUUGACUCUCAAGCGUCUCGAUGAGAACACAUCCAAAGAGCGAUUGCAGUUCUCGUUCUCAAUGACCAAGACGGUUGUUCCGGAUGCUAUGCUGUCAUCGAGUAACCGCGCGGCGAAGUGCAUGUUUGACAAUACGCUGUUUGAAGCUACGCUUUGGACGCAGAGGAACGAUGGUAGCGAUGAUGGGUCUGGCGGUGAUAAGUUUGCCGACUGGCCUGGUGACGUUGAGAUUGUACAGCGCAAGAUGUUCAGGGCCGGAUCACCAGAGUGUCUGGAUAACCAGGGAAGUAAGGUGGGCGAUAUAAAGGCUAGUAACGGUACAUGUGAAUGCCGUUAUGCUAACUGA